UGCAAACUCGAAGGUGCAUUCUAAAAGGAUGUAUUAGUGACGCGUCACGAUCAAUCAACAAAUAACGCAAAUAUAUUAGUAUCUCGCAACUGGACGUUCAUUAGCAAGGAUUUUUUUUUCUCGUCCCUCGGAGCGUCUAACGAAUUACAAGGAUGCCUUCCUAUGAAAUGUCAAAGGAUUCUGCGAACGUGCCUAAAGAGGAUUGCGUAAAGAUACACGUACAGCCAGGUACGCAGGAUUUUCGUAAGAACGCGCAAACAAACGGCAAGCCAACACCCGUCAAUUAUGCGAACAUUGUUCAGCAGACACGCGAUGCGUUUAAUAGCGGCAAAACACGACCAUUGGAAUGGAGAGUCAAGCAACUGAAACAAGUGAUACGUAUGCUAAAGGAAACUUCCUCCGAUAUUAUAGCAGCACUCGCCUCAGACUUGCGCAGAAAUAAACAUGAAACGAUUAUGCUGGAAAUCAAUUAUAUGAUCGAAGAGAUCAGCUACAUGCUUAUGCACAUUAAAGAAUGGGCGUCGCCAGAUAAGCCACCGAAGGGACUGGCAAACCUGUUCGAUGGAUUGGAAAUUCGGAAGGACCCUUACGGAGUUGUAUUGGUCAUUGGUGCGUGGAAUUAUCCUCUUCAACUGACCAUACUACCUAUGGUCGGCGCCAUAGCUGCUGGAAAUUGCGUGAUAGCGAAACCAUCCGAGGUGGCACCGGCUACGGCGCAAUAUGUGUGUGACACCCUUCCAAAAUACAUAGAUAUGGAAUGUUGCCGCGUAGUAACAGGAGGAAUUCCGGAAACGGCGGAACUACUCAAGGAACGUUUCGAUUAUAUCUUUUACACCGGAUCCACCAUGGUGGGAAAAAUCGUGCGGGAAGCUGCCAACAAGUAUCUCACGCCCGUUACAUUAGAGCUGGGCGGCAAGAGCCCCGUAUACAUAGAUAACACAGUGGAUAUGAAUCUGGCGGUAAAACGUAUCUUGUGGGGCAAAUGCAUUAACGUUGGUCAAACGUGCAUCGCACCCGAUUACGUUCUGUGCACACCGGAGGUACAGGACAAAUUCAUCAAUGAGGCUAGAAAGAUCAUAAAGGAGUGGUACGGCGAAAAUCCACGAGAAAGCACCGACAUGGCGCGCAUAAUCACGGAUAAACAUUAUCAACGGCUUACCAGUUUCUUAAACGGCAAUAAUGGCAAGAUCGCGCUGGGCGGUGAUGUAAAUCCUAGGGAGAAAUACAUCGCGCCCACGGUACUGAUUGACGUCAAACCGACAGAUCCCAUUAUGCAGGAGGAAAUCUUUGGACCAAUAUUGCCUAUAAUAAAUAUUAAUAACGCGUACGAAGCAAUUAAAUUUAUCAAUAACGGAGAGAAGCCAUUAGUACUAUAUAUAUUUAGCCAAGAUAAAGGGACUAUAUCUGUGAUCAUUGAAAAUACAUCUAGUGGGGAUGUUCUUGUGAAUGAUACAAUGAUACAUGCGACAGUUGAGACUUUACCCUUCGGAGGGGUAGGAUAUUCCGGUAUGGGAGCCUACCAUGGAAAAUUCACAUAUGACACAUUUUCACAUCACAAGGGUUGCUUGAUCCGGAAUUAUAGCAAAAUUGCCGAAUUUCUGGCCAAGAAUCGCUUUCCACCUUAUAACGAUGGCAAGCUGAAGCUACUUACGAUGUUGCUAAAGAGAAGACCUGGCAUACCUGGCAUUAAGUACUUGCCAUAUCUCUUUAUGUUCGGUCUCGGCGUGAUUGCUACAGUCAUAGCCAAUGGUGCAUUGAAGGAAUAUAAUCACAUGGAGCAGCAAUAGUAAAGGAUUAAAAGUAACGCAGCCAAUAUCGAGAAUAGAAUGCAUUUGUCAAGUUACCGUACCUCUACACUUAUUAUAGCUGUGGCACAAUUUUGCAAUUAAUAUCUUUAUUCAAUGGAGAAUGUAAACAUUUCUGUAGAAUUUUUCUGGGUUUUAUACACAUAUUCUUUAUACAUUAUGUUAAAUAAUUCUUAUUGCGUAUACAUGCAACAGUUAUGUUCAAUCUUUUCGAGGAUUGAGAAGAGAAAAUAUUGUGUGUAAAAUAAAAGUUAUUAAAUAAUAACUAAUAAAUGUUAUAUAUUUUUA